UGCUGUGGGAUUAUGAGACUUACCUGUGUCUAGUGAAGUCCUCUUCCAAGAAAGAGCCAGGAUCGAAUUACGAUUUUCUUUGAAGAAUCCAUGCCUGGUAGUUUUUGUUUUAAAGAUGAAAGAAUGGUGGAUUCAGGUUGCGCUUCUUGCUGCACCGUUGAUUGCAGUCUACCUUCACCUUCCUCCCCCAAGUCUCUCACCGUCUCUCUAUACAUGGAGAAUGGCUGGAGCCUUCUUUACUUUCAAAGACCACCGCAUAUUUUACAGAGAUUCACUGGGUGCUGUUGGCAGUUCCGACAUAGUGAUCCUUUUGCAUGGUUUCCCAACAUCGAGCUAUGAUUGGCACAAGAUCUGGGAAGGCUUAACUCGGAGGUUUAAUCGAGUUAUUGCAUUAGAUUUUCUUGGCUUUGGAUUUAGUGAUAAACCUAGGCUGCACCGAUACUCCUUUUUUGAGCAGGCAGAUAUUGUCCAGGGGCUAAUAAUGGAGCUAGGCCUUUCUCAGCAGAAGAUCAACAUCCUGGCCCAUGAUUAUGGAGACACUGUUGCACUGGAGCUGCUGCACAGGUUUGAACAUGGUAAACCUGGACAUCUGAUGAUUAAUAGCCUGUGCUUGUCAAAUGGAGGAAUAUUUCCAGAGACAAACCACCCAAGAUUUAUACAGAAGCUGCUCAAGGACAGUGGAUGCUUUUCACCAAUCUUUACCAGACUUAUGAACUACUACUUCUUUUCAAAAGGGAUCAGUGCGGUGUUUGGACCCCAUACACAACCAACGAAUGCAGAAUACUGGGACAUAUGGACCAUGGUCCGGGUCAAUGAUGGGAACCUGGUGAUGGACAGUAUUUUGCAGUUUAUUAAUCAAAGGUGGAAGUACAGGGAUCGAUGGGUAAAAGCCCUGACUUCGACUUCUGUUCCACUGCAUUUAAUCUAUGGACCAUUGGAUUGUGUGAACCCUCAUCCUGAGUUUCUGGAUCUUUAUCAGAAGUUGGUACCGAAGUCAACAGUGUCAGUUCUUGAUGACCAUAUCAACCAUUACCCCCAACUCGAGGAUCCUUUAGGCUUUGAACAAGCCUAUAUUAACUUCAUCAACUCUUUCUGAAUUGGCAAAAUACGGCAUUGGAUCCUGACCACUCUGGACUAAUUAAAUGGUGAUCAGCUGCUUCUGCAUUUGAGAGUUGUGGUAACAAAUAAUGUUUAAUUUAAACUGAAAUUUAAAAAAAAAGUUACAGUACUGGAAACCUGAUAUAAAACCCAGAAACCUUGGAAAUGCACAGCACACAGCAGCUUCUGAAAGAGUGCAUCAAUGUUUUGGGUGUCAUGUUCAGUCAAGAGACAAUAGUCUCCAAGAUGUUAAACCUUUUGGAUGUAAGACUAUUGGCUGUGCAUUUCUGGCUUUGAUAAUUUGUCUUUGUUUUAUUUUACUGCAUGUUUCACUGCCAUAAUGUGAAAUAAUUCAUUGUGGAAAUUACUGUGUGUAACACCUAUUAGUCAGGCACAUCCAACAAACUAAAUAGCUCCUUUUGAAAAUAAGUCUUGGGGCAAGAACAGACCAGGGAAAUGGAUCACUUCCAGUUUCAGGAUAAUACCUUUUUAUUAGUCAGUGUUUGGAUGAGACACACAAAUCCUUAGCCAUUUAUUGAGUUUUUAAAAUUACCUAUUUCUUCUGCAUUCUGUACUAAAACAUGAAGGAUAAUCUGACAGAGGACUUCAAAGUUAUGAAGGAAGUUGAUAUGGUAGACAAAGAGAAAAUGUUUCUCUUGAGGGGGAAAAGAGAGAAGAGGAAUCUAAAUCUAUAAGUUCAUCACUAAUAAAUCCAAUUGGGAAUUCAAAUUUAUUUAUCCAGGAAUUUUAAAAUAAGGAACUUGCUACCCUAUCGAGCAGUUCAGAGGAAUAACAUAUUGUCUUCAAGAAAAAGUUAAACAGAUGAAGUAGGAUGGGAAUUUACUAAUUUGGAACAAAUAUAUUGGUAUAGACCAAAUGGGUAAAAUGGGAAUGUUUUGAAUUAAUAUUGGUCCUUUGUAAAACCCAUUCAAUUAUAUCAUUGUUCAACAUGAUUAAUUUGGUUACCUCAACACUUACAUCCUGCAGGCCCUGGCAAGUUUAUGAAAUAGUGAAGUUAGUACACAGCUUUAUGGAAUAGGAGUGCAGAAUGGGCAUUUAGGUACAUUAAUUAGCAAUUUCAUUUGUUUCAUAUACUCUGUGUGAAGCUCUGAGAACCAACUUGUAUAAUUUUCCAAGUUUUACCUACUUUCCAUCAAUUACAGUUUGUUACUUAUGCUUGCUCAAGUUUAUGAAGUAAAUUCGUGAGCCAUGUUGUAUUCUAUAUGGGGCUGAAAUGUUUUAAAUUAUGGCAGGUUGAAUAGACUAGGCUUGCAUUUCUUUUCAGUGAAAGAUUUAGGUAAUUUAUUUGAGUUGUUUAAUUUUCUCUCCAGCGUUGAGAACAAGGACUGUAUCCUUAAACUUAACAGCUAGGUCAUUUAGGUAUGAUGCCAGGAAACAAUUCUGUAUAUAAAAUGUGGGGGACAUCUGUUAAAGCUGUAAUUUUCUUUUUGUUAGGCUAGAGCUCUGGAACCAAGGGAAGUAUGUAGUUAUGAUACAGAAUGAUCUAAUUGAAUGGUGGAACAAGCUAAAUGGUCCAUUCCCUAUUCCAAUAUAUAAUUCAACACUUUUCAGACUCAUUCAUCAUUGAAAUCUCUGGUUUGAAUUAUUAUUUUGCUAGUAACAAAUUUUACUUGUCAGUUGAACAUAUCUCCACAGUUAUCCUGUAGCCCACAACAAUCCAAUCUUUCAUACACAAAAUAAGUCCAUUGACUAACUGUUGGUACUCACUAGUUUAAUCAUUGUUUCUUGAUAGACAUGAAGAAUAAUUCAGUUUAAAAGGAGGUAGUGAAUUCUCAAAAUGCAAUACUGAUUAGUCAGCUUCUGAACUGGAAACAUAGAUUAAUGGUUGUGAUAAAACGCUAACAAUUCAGGUGGGAUCCUUUCUUUCAAAUGUUACAUUGCACAUUCACAGAACAUUCUGUAGAAUGGACUAGCUCUUAUUUGAUAUGAGUCCAUUAAUGAGUGUUAAUCAAAAUACUUUUGUAGCAGAUUUUUUUUGAAAUGGCACUCAUGGUUAGUUAAAACCAUAAAAAUUCUACAAAAUCUAAGUCCAAGACUUUCUUUCAGCUCUCAUAUACAGGAAACAAUUAGUACUUAGCAUGCAUUAGAUGAGAUUUUUGGAAGAAUGUGCAAUUUGUUUCCUCUCUCCUCAUUUAUCAAAAUUCACUCAGCUAUGUGCGUCUCUGAACCCUUCUGUCUGGUUUCUUCCAAGCUGUGAAUGUAUCAACACACAUUUCCCUAUUUAGUUUUCAUUCACGAAAGACUCCUUACACUGUGUAAAUCGCUCUCCAUUUUUCUCAGACACAAGCAAAAUGUCACUUGAACUAAAUUACAUUCUCUUCCGUUCUCGUUACUUGCAAUAGUAUCCUGCACUAUGAAUCUUGGCUCUUCAUUCAAGUUAAAUGAGAGGGUAAGCUUUACAGUAAAAUCAGAUUAGAAUUUGUUGGAAGAUUUUAUUGCUUGUUGCUAAUUAAAUUUUCCCUGUCCGUUUGCUGUAUUGUAGUUGUAUUUCACUUCCCAUUCUGUUCAAGGUUAUACAGUGUAGAUAAUUUGCUACACAUUAUAAAAAAUACACACUGUGGUUGGAGCUUGUGCUGCUUGGAUGGAGCUGCUACUGAGUGCAUCUACAUUGCAAAAAUAUUGAAGUUGAACAAAAGAUGCUUCUGAUGAAUGUUUGAUCUAACCCAUAAAUGAAAAUGGUUUGGCAAAACUUUUGUACAUUUCAUACAAAAUGCAUAUACAAAGACAAUAGUUAAUCUUUAUUUU